AUGAAAAUAAAGACAACAUCAAACCCAAGUGUGGAUAAAUAUCUGAUGGACGGUUGCAUGAGGUGCAAAUACGGCGGAACGCCCCAAUGCAAAGUGAAUGAUUGGAAAAAGGAACUGGAAUUACUCCGACAAAUUGUAUUGGAAACAGGAUUGACGGAAGAAAUCAAAUGGGGCGUUCCGGUAUAUACUGCCAAUGGGAAAAAUAUCGUGACGGUAAAUGCUUUGAAAAAAUCUGCCAACAUUGGAUUUUUCAAAGGAGUGCUUUUGGCUGAUACUCAUAAAAUUCUCCAACAGCAGGGGAAUUUGCAAUCAGCCCGACUGGUGAAAUUCACUACCACACAAGAAAUUGAAGAAUCACAAAAAAUAUUAAAGGAUUAUAUUCAAGAAGCAAUAGGAAUCGAGCGAAGCGCUUUCUAUGCCCUGACUCCCGGAAGACAAAGGGGCUAUGUCAUUUAUUUUUCCCAAGCUAAGCAGGCACAAACAAGAAUGAACCGAAUCAAAAAGUAUAAGCAACAAAAUAUUUGA